CCCAUCCAUCCUUCUCCUCCCCUGUGUGUCCCCUCUCCUCCCCCCGAUCACUGUUCACUACAUUAGCAGCGGCCCAGCGGUGCAGCAGCUGCACGUGGUUGAGGAGCAGUAGUCGCAGUAGUCGCAGUAGUACCAGUAGCAGCAGCAGCAGUAGUACCAGUAGUAGUGGCAGUAGUAGUCGCGCGCUCAGCCCCUCUCUACACUUGUGCAGCGCGCACGUCUCGAUGCUGUCACCGUGCACUGUGCUGAACCGUCGCGCGGAGGAACAAGCACUUUUUGAAUGCGCGCGCAUAGAGCCGCUGUGAGAAUGAGUCCCGCGUAACUCUCGGGUAUUGUUGUCUCUCACCCCCUCUUCUUCCUCCUCUCUCUUCUCCUCCCUUCUCUCCUCAUCCUGCGCCCUCUCUGUCUCUCCUCAGCCGAGUCAUUACACUUAAAGUAUGGUAGAUAAAGGCCCCUUGUUGACUUCUGCCAUUAUUUUUUACCUGUCCAUUGGGGCGGCCAUUUUUCAAGUCCUGGAGGAGCCCAAUUGGGAACGGGCUGCAACGAAGUAUAAUACCCAGAAGGAUUCAAUACUGAAGGACUAUCCGUGUCUGACGAAAGAUGACUUGGACAGAAUACUUGAGGUGGUGUCCGAUGCUGCAGGCCAGGGGGUCACUAUAACGGGCAGCAAGACUUUCAACAAUUGGAAUUGGCCAAAUGCUGUCAUCUUUGCGGCCACAGUUAUCACCACGAUUGGAUAUGGCAACAUUGCCCCCAAAACGUCAGAAGGCCGUGUAUUUUGUAUCUUCUAUGGGCUCUUCGGUGUUCCUCUGUGUCUCACCUGGAUCAGUGAGCUUGGAAAAUUCUUUGGUGGCAGAGCCAAGCACUUGGGCCAAUACCUGACCAAGAAAGGGUUUUCACUGAGAAAGGCUCAGUUUACCUGCACAGCCAUUUUUCUCCUCUGGGGCGUGCUGGUCCAUUUAGUGCUUCCACCUUUUGUGUUUAUGUCCCAGGAGGGUUGGACAUACAUUGAAGGCUUGUACUUCUCUUUUGUCACCUUGACUACAAUUGGCUUUGGAGACCUGGUAGCAGGUGUGGAACCAAAUAAAGAUUACCCAACUCUGUACCGUUACUUUGUGGAGGUGUGGAUUUAUCUGGGGUUGGCCUGGCUGUCUUUGUUCUUCAACUGGAAAGUGCGGAUGGUUAUCGAAGCUCACAAAGCACUGAAGAAACGUCGAAAGCUGCGCAAGCUAUCUUUGGACGAGCUCCGUCACUACAAAGAGUCUCACAAGGCCGCCCUUCGUCUGCCACCCACUCCCAAUGAUGUCAACAUCUUUAGCUUCCUGUCCAAGAAGCAGGAAGGCUACAACGACCUGAUAAAACAGAUCGGCAACAAGAAAAACAACAGAAUUUCUGGCAGCGCCGGUAACACCAUCGAUAAAGCCAAAGACAUCAACCGCUCCAAGAGUUGCAAUGAUGCUCCCAUGUUUAACACCAUCCUCAGUCUGGACCGUUCGCCUCGACAAAAGAGACGCUACAGUUUCAGUGACCGCGUCACCGUUGCCUUUUCAAAGUCCAAAAACUACCUCCUGGGCUCAGACAAUGGUUUGCUGCUAACAGAAGAUCAGGUGGAGGGUGACCAGGACCAAAUGUACGAGAACCAACUUGAUAAGGACGUCGAUAUUGAAAAACGAGGAUUGGGAGAUUGCGGAACAGGUGGUCGAAGGACGUGGGACUCGAAAGAGUACCACCCCCUGACGUUCCAAAAUGCAAACAUUACUUUUAUUGACGAGGAAAAUUUCCUCAGCAAUAACUUAGAGGAGGAGGAGGAGGAAGACGACGACGAUGAUGAUGAUGAUGAUUCCAAAGCAAAACUAUCUGUCACGACAUGUGACGAAAACAUUGAAACAAAUUCCAAGGAGGAGCAGAGCUCUGAAUCUGAAGGCUCAGUGUUCACUAGUGACGGUUCAGAACACAGCCACUCGUAUGAGACACUUGUAGAGGAAUAUGCAAAGGAAGAAAAUACAGACUCUUAAAAACUUAAGUCAACGCAACGUACUGUUCAGCUGCCUUUGACUUGUUUUGCAUUGAAGUAUAUAUAUUCUAAUGUGAGCCAUUUGAAUGGAUAUUAUAUGUUGCAUUGCAACUUUAGGGGGUCUGAUAAUGACACUGCCAUGUUCAAAUUUCAAAUCAAUGAUUUCUUGAACAUUCAGGUCAUUUUGCCUGAUUGAUUUUUUGAGCUUCCUGAAUAACUGAUGUCCAACAUCUUAACUUCAGAGUAUGUAACCCCAUGAGUAUUAACCAUCUGCUCUGUUUCUGUGUUUUAUGGUUUGAGAAAUUAUACACUACACAUUUGAUUGCAAUGUACAAACCAAGAACUAUUAACCAUGAGCUUUUUUUUCACUCAAUGGCUGAUAAGGAAUUAUAUGUGGAAAUGUAUUUAAUUUCCUGUAGUUUCUUAAAUAUAUAUUCACCAUAUUGGUGUUUUAAUAA